AUGCAAGAAGAAAAUUCAAGAUUCUUUUAUGCAUUUGAUUUGGAUGAUGAUGGUCGUGUAAAAAAUGUAUUUUGGGUGGAUGGAAAGGGUAGAGAUGAUUAUAAAGUGUUUGGAGAUGUGAUUUCCUUUGAUACUACAUAUAUCACAAACAAAUAUAAAAUGCCAUUUGCUCCAUUCAUUGGUGUGAAUAAUCACUUUCAGUCAAGAUUACUCGGUUGUGCAUUACUAGCAAAUGAGACCUCUGAGAGUUUCAAAUGGUUGAUGAAAACAUGGCUUAAGGCAAUGGGUGGGAAACCUCCAAAUGCAAUGAUAACUGACCAAGACAGAGCAAUGAAAGUGGCUAUUGAAGAGGUAUUUCCAAAUACCCAACAUCGUUUUUGUCUUUGGCAUAUACUUAGAAAGGUGCCUGAGAAGCUUGGUCAUGUAAUAAGAAAUAAUGAAGAUUUCAUGGGAUAUUUUGAUGCAUGCAUAUACAAGUCUCUGUCAAUACAACAGUUUGAAGUUAAUUGGGCAGAAAUGGUAGAGAAAUUUCAACUAUCAAACUCAGAGGAUGGGUGGAUUCAGUCUUUAUAUGAAGAACGUAAACAUUGGGUUCCUGUUUACAUGAAAGAUACCUUUUUCGGUGGCAUGUCAACAACUCAAAGAUCAGAGAGCAUCAACUCUUUUUUUGACAAAUAUGUAGGCAAGAAAACUACAUUGAAAGAAUUUGUUGAAAAAUAUGAAGUUGCUUUGCAAGAUAGGGAAGAAGCAGAAAUGCAUGCUGAUUUUAAUACAUGGCAUAAACAACCAGUUCUUAAAACUCCAUCACCUUUUGAGAAGCAAAUGUCAAUGAUUUAUACGCAUGAAGUAUUCAAAAAGUUCCAAGUUGAAAUUAUGGGAUUAUCUGGAUGUCAUCUUAAGAAAAGGAAUGAAGAUAGUCAGCUCACCUCUUUUACAAUAUUCGACUUUGGAAAUAGGGAAGAAUUUGUUGUAGAGUGGGAUGCAUCGAAAGAGAAAAUUUCUUGCAUAUGUUGUUUGUUUGAGUAUAAUGGGUAUCUUUGUAGACAUUCAUUGAUGGCCCUCCAAUAUAGUGGUAUCUUUGCUGUCCCAUCACACUACAUAUUGAAAAGAUGGACAAAGGAUAUCAGAAGUCGGCAUCAUAAAAGAAAAGUUAAUGAAGAUAUUUGUUCGAAGAAAGAGAGAUAUGAUCGUUUGUAUCCAAAGGCCUCUCAAUUGUUGGAGGAAGGAUCAUUAACUAAUGAGAGUUAUAACUUUGCAUGUCAUGCACUGGAAGAGGCCUUGAAACAAUGUGCAUUCCUUAACCGAUCCUUAAAAAAUAGCCAAGAAAAUAGCAGGAAGAGCACUUUGCUUGACAAGAAACUACUUGAUCCUCAAGAUUCAAAAACAAAAGGGGCACCGAAAAAGAAUAAAGAGCGGCAUUGA